GGAUGAUAAAUACGUUUUAAAAAAACAAAUACAAAUUAUUUUAUUUUAUUUUAUGAAAAACACAACAACAAACAUAAUUGAUUUAGACUGCGGGCUUGAGUAUCCGAGAACAAACGUCAUCAGAAGCGGGAUGAGCUGCGGCGGUUAUCCCGACCAGAGUGAGGCAGCAGCGCGUUACACGCGUCUCCUCCGCCACAAGCGAUGAAGUGAAGCAACUCAAAGGGGGAAGACGAGCAGCAUUAGCCGGUUAUCGUACGUCGUGUUAUCCGCCCCGUGUCUGUCACAGAGCUGUCCUCUGCCCGCGUCUCUACGGGACGUUCCGCGACUGCCUCUAUCCCGUUUGGGGAUAGCUUUUAACCGCGCAAACGGCAGCAGGCCGAAAGCAAAUCCAACGCACCCGUAGUUUUGUUGACGUCACGUGUCUUUUUUUUCCCGCGGGUUUUGAUGGCUCGUCAGCCAUCAUACUUACCUGAGGAGCUCUUGUACAGAAACUGAGCGAUGGCGCCAAAGACGAGGGCCAGAGUGAGCAAAAGAUCCGCCACUUCAGGCCAAGACGAUGACGGCGAAGCGGCCGGAGGGAAGAGGAAAGCUGCAGCUCCCGUCGAGUCUGCAAAAAACCCGGAGAGCUCAGCCGGCGCGCGGUGCUGCCACUGGCUGAUGAAGUCUGAGCCAGAGAGCCGCUUCGAGAACGGCAUCGACGUCAAGUUCGGGAUCGAGGAGCUGAAGGCUUUGCCUGAUCAAACUGGCUGCUGGGACGGCGUUCGCAAUUAUCAGGCACGCAACUUUAUGAGGCAGAUGAAAGACGGGCAGCUGGCUUUCUUUUACCACAGCAACUGCAAGGAACCGGGGAUCGCUGGAAUCAUGAAGAUUGUGAAGGAAGCCUAUGUGGACCACACUCAGUUUGACAAGAAAGAUGUCCAUUUCGAUGCAAACAGUAAACCCGACAACCCCAAAUGGAGCAUGGUGGACGUCCAGUAUCAAAGGAUGCUGAAGCGUUUUCUACCUCUGUCUGAGCUGAAAAAGUACCACCAGCAGCAUCGCUCCAAAGGAGGGCCCCUGAAGGACAUGGCGCUGUUCACGAGGGCCAGGCUCUCUGUGCAGCCCCUGACCCCUGAAGAGUUUGAUUUUGUCCGGAGUUUGGAAGAGGAGGAGCCUUUGUGAGGAUUUGGACCAGAGGACCCUCGUUCUCAGCAGUGUGGCGUUUAUGUUGUUUUGUUAAAUAUUUCAAGUGAUUUUGUCAAAUAAAAGAAUGUACCUACAUCUCUGAACAGUA